CAUCGACAAGGCUAAGAUACCCUACGAAGUAUACAAAGUCUCUAAAAAGGACGGUAAAUUUGAAUUUGAACAACUUCAUGGUAAAGCAUGCAACCUUGCUCGUGAGCGUUGUAAGAGGGUUGGUUGGGGUACUCACCGAACUCAGUCCGAUGAAUUGGACGGCGUCCUUGCAUCGCAUGUAGGGCAUCUCCCACCUACAUUCGUAUCCUGAGCGUCAAGAGAGAGAGGCAAGUCUCUGAGUUGUAAAGUUGGGGGCAUGCACAGCGUCUGAUCUUGACGUUGUCGUGCUGUAUCACACCGGAGAUAAUCCCCUCUCACUUGAUGUUGAGGGUUUCGGCGACAGUUAAGAUAUGUAGUGAUUUGGAUAGAGCACAUGCUGGGUGUAAGAUGAUCAGAGAAGAAUUAACAGAACGGUGGCGUGGGUGUGUUUGCUAGUAGAAGCAAGAAUGGUUUGCCAGCGUUGCAGACAAGUGCGGGGCAUUUCUAUAUGCACGUGGAAGAGGCUGCAGGUCUCGACUGUGGAUAUGUUUCAUAAGGCUACGUGGUUAUCCGAUCCCUCUUCUUCUCCUUCAAGGUACGAAUCGAUACAAGGAUAUGUUUCGCUUCUAGGCUUUGAGCGCGCCUUUACUGUGGCCUUCAUUCCAUCCACCAAGGCUUCUCUAGGGUAUUCAUCGAAGUAAACCAUCCAGCCAACCUUUUCU